ACUUUCGGAAUAGAGAUCAGAAAUUUAUAUAAUAAAGGUUAAGUGAAUUGUGUGUUCGCAAAUUGUAUUCUUGCAAGAAGAAAAAAUUAUAAGAUGUCGGAAGCUAUCGAACAACACGUGGAAAACAUGAUGAAUUUGAAUGAGACCAUCGAAAAAUGCAAGAAGUGUGGAGAAGUAUGCGAUCCCUAUGACAAACCAACGUUACGUUGUAGUGGCGGAUGUGGCACAAGGAUACAUAUGAAAUGUUUGAAGAGAGGCAGCAUUCCAGUUUCUUUCGUAGGAGAUGUUUUUUUCGAACUUAAUUGUGCCUCUUGCAAUCCAUUAGAUGAAGAAACGGUCGUGCGCGAUAGAAUGCCAUGGCUUAAUGUUAUUGUCCUGACGCUUUAUAAUCUACGUGAAAGAUCAAGCGGCAUUAGUAAGAGAGGCUACUUCCAUUGGAAAUCUGAUAUCAGUAUUUUUGUGGAGAGAAAUUGGGAUUACUUAUUUAAGAAAACUGUGAAGAAAAAAAAGAAUUGGAUGGGUACCAUAUCGGGUACAUUAUCUCAUUACAGUGGCAUUUUUUUUAAGUCUGGUACUAAUGAAUUAGGAGAAUCUGGAUGGUGGAAACUAUCAAGUAAUGAUCCUCCUGAAGUUUUAAUUGCCAAAAAUAGCAAAAUGAUAAUGGAUAGAAAAAAACAUAAUAUAAAAUUACCUCGUAAAUUAUUGAACAGUCCAGUGCCAUCAGAUUCCAGCCUCUCAUUUGGAGAGGAUAGUAAUUGUAGUGGAGAAAUAUGUAAAAAUAAAGGCUCCUCUAUGUAUUCUCAUGCAUAUGUUCAACCAACAGAGACACUAUCCGAUUUUCUGUUGGAGGAAGAUGAACCAAAUGAUAUGAAUAUCGAGGAUGAUAUAAUAUUAGGCAACGACGUUCUCUCUAUAUCCGAUUUAAUACGUGAUUGCCAAAAUGAUGGUAACAAUUUUCAUCUGACACAGCUAAUGAAUAACUGUGAUUGGUUGUGCGAUACGAGUACUUUAUCGCCAAACUAUAGUGACAAUGAAAUUAAAACAAUUAAGGAAAAAGGAUAUAAGGAGGAUAAUAAUGAUGGUCCCAUUUCCAUACAAGAGCAGCCUCCAGUCUCUUUGUUUAAAGAAACAAAACGUCGUCAACGACCUUGGUUCAAAUCGUUUAUUACUUAUGAAAACAUAACAUGCGUUACUCCUACGGAAGAAAUGUAUUUAUUACAAAGUCUCGGCAAGACUGAUCUUGACAAAGCCCCGCCAACUAUUAGAAGAUUAUACAGAAAAUUAGCGGUACGAAAAACGAAAAGAGAAUAUCGACUUGCUUUAUUGGACGUCGAUUGUUUUGAAUCCAAAUCAAAAAUAUCUACAUUAUUAAUAAACAACAAUCGAAUAUUGGAUAGAUUUUUUAGCGAUGAUCAAGAAUAUACUUUUGAACAAAGAUUGCAGGGUUACAACGAACCUACGUUUGUCCAUAGUCCAUAUACAGGUAGACUUUUGAAACCGUUUAUAAGACGAGAUACUGAUUGCCAGCCAUUGUGGUUGAAAAUUAUGGAAGAAUUGUGUACAAAAGUAAAUCGAAAUGAUCCACGAUGGAAACCGACGCCUAAAGCAACAGUCGAUUAUUCUUACAUUAAACCACAACAUAUCCCUGCGAUCAACAGUCUUUGUAAUCAGUUCUUCUGGCCUGGUAUAGACUUGACCGAAUGUUUGCAAUAUCCAGACUUCACGUGCGUUGUACUAUAUAAAAAAUUAGUUGUAGGUUUCGCGAUAUUGGUACCAUACGUUGGCCAUAACGAAGCCUAUAUUUCAUUUCUUUUGACACGUCCGGAGUGGCGAAAGUCCGGCAUCGGCAUGUUCAUGUUGUAUCAUUUGAUACAAACUUGCAUGGGACAGGAUGUUACAUUACAUGUGUCGGCUACGAAUCCAGCUUUAAUAUUGUACCAAAAAUUUGGUUUUAAAGUGGAAGAAUUUGUUCAAGAUUUUUAUGACAAAUAUGCACCGCCAAAUUCACGAGAAUGCAAGCACGCUUUGUUUUUACGUUUAAGCAGAUAAUUAAAUAAAAUCUUUUCAUACCUGAUGAAAUGAUUCAUAAUAAGCGAUGUCGUUUUUAAUUAUGAUAAUUCAACGCUCAUUUCGACCUUUAUUUUUUUCAUAUUUUCGAAAUAUUGAUAAAUAUAAAUUGAGCUAAAACUAAAUAAUAUGAGAAACCAUACCACGCGCUUAGAUUCAAAAAUUGGCGCGAAAAGUUAUCCGGUUGACGUCGGUGACGUCAUUGGAGGAGCGCUUAAAGUGCUGCGAAGCUGCGUCGAUUCAUUCUCGAAAGUUCCGGAAGCUGGUAGAUGGAAAGUUGAUAUGUAUGUGUAUAUAUAUAUAUAUGUAUAUAUAUGGAUGGCGAGGUUACGCGACAGUUUAGUACAGUUUGGUACGCGUAUGGGAACGUUGAGCUUGAUAAUCGUUUGGACUGAGAUUCUUUGUGAAUUUUUAUAUGGGCAAACGUACAUGUUUUUGAAUUUCAAGUGUCCGCGCAAAUCGUGUAUACAUACUUAAGAAGCAAUUACAGAACGAAAAA